GCAUAGCCCCCCUUAGGUUUGAGAUAUGGAGGUCCUUCGUGCGAAGAACAAAACUUGCUAGAGUUUCUGCAGCUUACAGGAACUUCAUCUAUGAAUUUGUUGGUCGAGAAAUUUGUGAUAACAAUGGUCGAUAUGUUACAUAUGCUACAUGGAAAAGAACCUUCGAAGUCGUUGUUGGAAAUGUCCAAAUAUGUCAAUGCAUCAAGGAUGGAAAGAGAAUUUGGAAAUGUUCCGGUGAUGGAGUUGUUGUGUAAAUCUAAUGAGGAAAGAGACACAAGAUUGGAGAUAGAUGCAUCGAGGGUGCCAUUGAACUUGUUGUUGCUGGCAUUCAGAGAUAAUAAUGAGCUUGCAUGUCCGAUAUCAAAUGAGAGUGAGCCCGAUAAACUGUUCAUGCUAACAUCCAGGAACCGAUCCCCAAAUCUUGUUGUGGGAGAGGUUCAUCCCUUGAAGAUUCUUCAUGAAAAACAACUGAGGGAUCAGAGGACCUGUUAAGGAAUUGAAAGAUAAAUCCAUGAAUGGAUCCAGAAAAUUCAUUGUUGGAAAGAUCAAGCAUGCCGUAGUGCUGGACGAAUUCAGAUUCCGGUAAUGGGAUUUGUCGAAAUCCAGCAGCACACAGUUCUUUCGGUAUGGGUCCCGAGAAUCGGUUGUUGGAGAGAAACAAGGUGACAAGGUUCUCCAAUUUAGCUAUACACUUUGGAAUCUCACCUGAAAAAUUAUUUGCACUUAGGUCCAAAGACACCAUCUUUGUGCAAUUGAAUAGCUCCAAAGGAAUCUCUCCUUCUAAAUUGUUUCCGCGUAAAGAAAGGUUUGUCAAAUUUUUAAAAUUCCCAAAAGUACUUGGAAUGCUUCCUACAAAAAGGUUGUUAUCAAUCUGUAAGACCCGCAACGGCGUAAGUGUAGAA